AAGCAGAAGUCCCAAUUUAUCGUUUUUACAGAAACACAUGAAAUAUUUGGUAAACAUUAUUAUUUGUGGAAUUUUGCCAACCAAUGAAAGCAUAUUUACUUGUCCUUUGGUUGUUUUUUCCUCAGGUUGUAAUGUGGUCAUUUCGUCCCGUAAGUUUGAUGUAUUAAAAUCUACUGCAGACGAACUGAAGACCACCCUGCCUCUCACCCACCAGUCUCAAGUCACCCCCAUAAAAUGCAACAUCCGUAAGGAAGAGGAGGUAAAUAAUUUGGACAUGGAAAUCAAAACCUCAGUGAGAUACCACCUCAUUUCCAUUAGAAAGGCUGUAAUCAACAAGUCAGACAAUAAUAGUGUGGAGGAACUGGAGGCCUCAUGCAUUUCUGUUUACAGCUCUUGGAUGAGAGAGCAUGGAGGAUCCAUUGUCAAUAUCACUAUGCUUACUAAAAAUGGAUUUCCGGGAUUUGCGCAUAGUGCAGCCGCCAGAGAAGGUGUUUACAAUCUCACCAAAACCUUGGCUUUGGAAUGGGCCAGCAGUGGAAUAAGGAUCAACUGUGUUGCCCCUGGAAUCAUUUAUUCCCAGACUGCUUUUGACAACUAUGGUGAUUUGGCAAAAGACUUAUUUGGAAGGUCCUAUCAGAAAAUUCCAGCUAAAAGACUUGGAGUUCCUGAGGAGAUUUCCCCCUUGGUGUGCUUUCUGCUAUCUCCAGCGGCUUCCUUCAUCACCGGACAGUUGGUGGAUGUAGAUGGGGGCCAGUCUCUGUAUAAUCACAUGUUUGAAGUACCAGAUCAUGACAACUGGCCGGAGGGAGCAGGGGACCUUUCUGUUGUCAAAAGGAUGAAAGAGUCUUUAAAGCUUAAAGCCAAUCUCUAAACUAAAGAAAGAAGGAGGUGUCUUUUGUCCCAAAAUGCCUUAGCAUCUUAAGAAUGCAUUUUUGUACUUUAUAGGAGCAUGUAAUUUGUAUAGAAAAAUCACUUUGUUUUUUUUUAAAGUUUUCAAUUUUGUCUAUGCAAAACUAUUCCUGAAAUAAAUGCAUUUUUAAGUCCCAACUAAUACCAUUUAACCUGUAUUUUUUAAAAAAUUAAGAAUGGAAAUCAGCAUACUUUAUGAUUAUACUUUGAAUUCUAAGAAAGGUAUUUGAAGAGUGGAAUACUUUCUAAUUAAUAAUAGAGAUAUCAUGAUCUCCUAAAAGGUUUACUUGUAAUAAAUCUAAAUUGCGGCACCUUUGUGAUUCAACAACUGGAGUUAUAUAGUGACUAAUUUUACUUGGCAAACACUUUGGAACCAAUAAAGCUUUAUGGUAACUA